UUUUUUCUUAUCCUCUUGGCGCUUCCUUCCACACUCAUCGUCUCUCCUCGCCAUUUAGUUAUGUCGUCUCUUCCGACAAUUCUCGCAUCUUCUCCUCCGCGAAACCUAUCCAAACCCUCCACUCCUCAAACUCCAAAUUCCGACCAAACUCGCAGAGCUCCAUUCAACAACAUAUCUCCUUCACUACACCUUCUGUCCAAAACCCAUCUCUGUCUCACCCUCCCUCAGACCAUCCUCUGUUCCCCUGUCCUCGCAUCAACAGCCCCCUUCACCUCAAUCUCCGACCAAUCCACCGGCAAAAUCGACCUGGAGUCGAUUCUGAUCACGAUCGACAACUUCUUCAACAAGUACCCUUUCUUCGUGGCGGGAUGCACAUUCAUCUACCUCGUCGUCUACCCGGCGGCGAUCUUCUACCUGAGGAAGUAUAAACCGAUAACCGCCAUUAACGCGUUUCGUAAGCUCAAGAGCCAGCCUGAUUCGCAGCUUCUUGAUAUCAGAGACGACAAGACGUUGGCUUCGUUGGCGUCGCCGAGUCUCAAGUUUCUGGGUAAGAGCUCGGUUCAGGUUCCGUAUAGCGAAAAUGAUGAGCCGGGGUUCGUGAAGAGAGUUAAAGGAGGAUUCUCUGAUCCUGAGAACACAGUUGUUUGUGUACUUGACAAUUUUGAUGGUAACUCCAUGAAAGUAGCUGAAUUGCUGGUUGAGAAUGGAUUUAAAGAGGCUUAUUACAUCAAAGGCGGCGCCAGAGGGAAGAAUGGUUGGUUGGCCAUUCAAGAAGAGCUUUUGCCUCCACCUGUGCAUAUGUAUACUGCCAAAAAUGCAAAAUCUUCAAAUAACAAUGAAGCGUCCAUUGUUGGAACUGAAAACUGAUUCGAGAACAUAGCCUAAUGUGCGGCAAGACAUGAUGAUGAUACUACAAGACCAUUAAAACAUUACAAUGAGAAAGCUUCCCUAGGUAGAAGAAGACUUGUUAUACAUUAAAAGACAUGUUUUAGAUCUCAAGAGCUGUUUUUGCUUUGUAAAAGCUAUCCUUUUGCGACAGUCCGAAUACUAUUUUUCCUUUGCAUUUGUAUGAUAAGUUUCAACCAUCAAAGGAAGAAGUGUUCAUGUAUAAGACCAAAAUACUCUU